ACAAAUAGUGGUGCAAAACUGCAGUGGCGUAUGUCCAAGAAAUUGCACUAAAUCCAAAUUCCCCGUUGCAUGAAUCAUCUGGAGAAGUAUCCGGAGGAGGGGAGGGGAGGAAUGCUGAAGGACACGAACCACCCACCCGCGCAGGCCAGGUGUGCGCAGACCGCAGACGGAGAUAUAUACAGUACCUGCCAGCGGUGUCGACCGUCAGCUGUCGGCAGGAGACACCAGGUCCGCCAUGUUCCGUCUCGUCAUCCUCCUGUCGGGGGCGUUUCUGCUGCUCCUCGCUCCAGUCCUAGGUCAGCAGGACGACUUCUCGGGCGACGUGGACAACCUGUGCCUGGGCUGCAUCUGCGAGGCGGCCAGCGACUGCGACCGCCAGGCGGGCUGCCUGGGCGACGUGUGCGGCCUGUUCAAGAUCACCAGGCCCUACUGGGUGGACGCGGGCCGCCCCCUGGUGCAGGGAGACGACCCCGAGCAGGCGGAAGCGUACCCGAGAUGUUCGUCGGACCCCACCUGUUCGGCGCGCGCGGUCCAGAACUACAUGGCCAAAUACAAGCAGGACUGCGACGGCGACGGCGCGGUGGACUGCCAGGACUACGCCGCCAUCCACCGCCUGGGCGGCUACGGCUGCAAGGGCGACCUGGAUCCCGUCUACAAGGGCAAGGUGAAGGCCUGCCUCAACCAGUGGCAGACGGACCUCUUCAGGUCGGGUGGGCCCUAGAUCCUGCCCUGGCGGGCCCUGGAUCCUGCCUGGUGGGCCCUAGAUCCUGCCUGCUUCGCCCUAGAUCCUGCCCUGGCCAGCGGGGAGACGCAGCGCAGACUGAGACGUGACUUAAAACUUUCCAAAAAAAAAAAAAAAAAACAACAAAAAAAAACACGCAGACCAAAAAUUAAAAUUUAUGAAAAGAAAGGAAAAAAUAUAUAUCGUAGUUCUCUGUCGUAUGACCAAGAUUAUUCCCUAAACUAAGCCCCGAAUCCAGUCAGCUAGCGCUCUGGGCAGAUAAUCUUUAGCCACCUCCUUUCCUUUUCCAUUCCCCCUUCCCCCAAUGACGUUUACAAAUGCAAGCUUAUUUAUUAUCAUUUUUUAAAACAGCACACUGUGGAACUAAAUGCUAAAUUUUUCAAAGACAUAUGUUGUUUGUCAUUUUUCUUAUUUAAAUUUAAUAAAAAACAUGAGCUAUA